CGCGGCUUGGCGGUUGUCUUGGAGAAGCAAGAUGGCGGCGACAGCGGCUGCGGUGGCUCCUGAGGAGGACAUGGAGCUGCGGGACCUGCUGGUGCAGACGCUGGAGAGCAGCGGGGUCCUGAACCGCGUCAAGGCUGAACUCCGAGCAGCUGUGUUUUUAGCGCUAGAGGAACAAGAAAAAGUAGAGAACAAAACUCCUUUAGUCAAUGAGAGCCUGAAAAAGUUUUUAAAUACGAAAGAUGGCCGGCUGGUGGCUAGUCUUGUUGCAGAAUUUCUUCAGUUUUUCAAUCUUGACUUCACCCUGGCUGUUUUUCAACCUGAGGCUAGCACGUUUCAAGGUCUCGAAGGUCGAGAAAACUUAGCCCGAGACUUAGGUAUUAUUGAAGCAGAAGGUACUGUGGGUGGACCCUUACUAUUAGAAGUGAUCAGACGGUGUCAGCAAAAAGACAAAGGGACAGCAAGUGGGGAGGGGGUACUGGACCUAUCAGAUGUACAUUCUCCUCCAAAGUCACCAGAAGGAAAAGCCAGCACGCACACAACUACCAGCAAGAUACCAAGGUAUAAAGGACAAGGUAAGAAGAAGACAAGCGGGCAGAAGUCUGGUGCCAAGAGGGCCAGCAGUGAUGCGAGUCACAGUGAUAAAAGCACCUCUUCAUCGGAAGCAAAGAGCAUAAGUGGUCUUCACUUAAUGGCCCAAGAGGUGAAAAUUGGAUCUUUCUUAAGCAGCAAAAGUCUGGAUGUCACAGACAAAGCUGCUCUUUGCACAGACGAAGAUGAUAUGGAAGGGGAUUCUUUCUUUGACGACCCCAUUCCUAAACCAGAAGAAACUCACGGCUGGAGAAGUGAACCUAGUAAGCAUGUAGGAAGCCUGACAUCGCUCUCCGACGCCCCCCCUUUAAAAGGUGGACUCAGCUCCCUUGCUGGAGCCCCCUCGUUGAGAGACUCUGAAAGUAAAAGGGGGAACACAGCUUUGAAAGAUCUCAAGUUGGUCAGUGGUAAAACUGGAUCAUUUGGACUAGGGACUGGAGAAGAUGAUGACUAUGCUGAUGAUUUUAAUAGUACCAGCCAUCGCUCAGAAAAAAGUGAGCUAAGCAUUGGUGAAGAGAUUGAAGAUCUCUCUGUGGAGAUAGAUGACAUCAACACCAGUGAUAAACUUGCUGACCUGACGCAGGACCUGACCAUGUCCCAGCUCAGCGACGUGGCAGAUUACCUGGAAGACGUUGCUUAGACAGGAAAGAAGGAAGUGCCCUAAUCAAUACAGGACAAAGGACUGUAAUUGGUUCCUUUUUUUUUUUUCCAGACAAUCACUCUUUGCUGGAAUGUCUGCUCCCUGUUGGUGCCUCAUGUUUCAGAAAGACUGCAGAUUUUUAAAAAAUUAACUUUUUGUCAUACUAAACAAAGUACUUCCUACUUGAGCCCAUGUGUGGGAGAUUUAAUAUUCUUAAUUUGGUUCAGUUACACAUUUUUCUAUGGAAAUUGAUUGUCUGUGAUCAGAUUCAUUACCCAGGGUGGCACCAGUGUUAGGAGUAUCAUGGAAAGGGUGAGUAAAGCUGGAGGUUCACACAGCUGUGUGUGCGCGCGUGGUUUUAGUCAUCCAGAGUCACAGUGCAUUUGAUACCAGGUGGUUCUGCAGAGAGUCUGCAAAUGACUGGGUGCAUUUGUAGUGCUGACACCUAUUACUGUAAAUCACAUUUGAUGUCAAUUUUAUUUUGUAUUUCCUUCCAUUUGGAAGGCUUGUUAGACCAUUAAGGUUAUAUUAAACUACUCUUGUGCAUGCUGUCAUUUUGCUUGUUUUAAUGAAAUCUUGAGGUGGUUGUGACUUAAUUCACCAAGUUGUUAGUGGCAGUAUUUGGGGCUGCCUGCCCCUUUGACCUUGUGAGAGGCGCUGGUCGCAGGUUCUCUUCACCAUAGUUAUUGUAAAGCUACCUCAAAACAUUCUAAACACUGAAACCCAUCUGGAACCAUUAAGCAGUACUCUUAUUUCAGAUCUGUAAGUUGAUGAUACUAAAAUCCAAAUUGAACUAUAACAGUAGUAAUGCCCUAAGACCAUACACAGUUGGACAAGCUAUGCACUGUAUGUGAUUCUGUGGCCACUCUUUCAGGUGAGCCCGGAGCAGGGCUUCACAGUCUCCUUCCCCUUGUAUCCGCGUGAAGCUGUUUCUGUGGCUACUGACGUGUUGCUGAGGCAUCGUGGGUUUUGGAGUGAUGCGUGUAUGCGCCUGUGAACAUAAACUGCUUGUAUGUGAAGUGUUGUACUUUAAAAUUUUAGUUAGUUUAUGGCUUCUUAUGAACAGUUACCAUUAUUAAUAAAAGGUGCAAAUUAGACUUAAUUCUUGGUCUCAUUAAGUGAGCAGACUUCCUGGUUUGUGUAAUGCCAUUUUUUCAUUUUGUAUCAGCCCAAGUAUUAGAAAAGUAUUUGCUGGGCCCUCAUAUGUAAAGGGAAAUGAUAAUGUAAGCAUUAAGAUUAUAUAACGUUAGAGUCUGAUUUUGUAAAAUUUAAGUGAAAUGGAGCCAAAAACACUAAGAGAACGUAAGACAAAAAAAGGGUGAGAAAGUCUGGAAGCAGCUGUUUGUCUGCCCUUGAUUUGUAGGCUGUGAUCUCAGUUGAGUUUUUCAUGUUUUAUGUGUGUAAAUAGCAUUGUGUGAAUAUGAAAUCAGUUGCUAAAAGUCCCCCGUAUGCUUGUUAGAAAAUGCACUUAGAUGUCUUGUCUAUAAACAGUCACUUUCUAUAAAGCAUUAGAGUUCUGGCCCUCUGGGGUCCAAUGAAUAUGUGAUUUAUUAUUUAUAUUAUUGGAUAGCUAGAUUCCAAUGAUAUGGUUUGAAAGUAUAACAAGAGGUGGCUUUUUAAACUUGUGGGAACUUGAACAGUAGCAUUUGAAACUUGUCAUUUUUGUUAUCCAGAGACUCUGACCUUUUGAUAAUGUCUGGGAAGAUGGGGAGAAGAGUGCCAAACAUGAGACUUCCUUUGUCAUUAGCACUACAUACAUAUGAUUGGAAAAUUUUAAAUAACUUAAGUGAUGAAAAAGUAUUAUUUCUACAUGUGUUUUUUGCUUAGAUUUUUUAAUGUGUUUAGUGCUUUCUUUUUGUUAAGAAAUACAUACUGAAGUAUUAACCCAUGGAGAACAUCUUUAUGGUAAACCUGUGUUUCACAGAGGAGUCGACAUGUGCUUAGUCUCACUGAUGGUAACCCAAAGGGAAUAAAGGCUUUACUCUUACCUGUGGA